ACGAACCCAUUCACUCGCCGGCAGAAGCUGGGCUCCCGGCCUGGACAGCAAGUGUGUCCGGGCAGGCGGGCACACGUACAUCCCCCAUUCUCAUCUCACUCCCGUGUCCCGUCCUGUACUCCUGUUCCUUUUCUUUUGUCACGGCCAUUGGGACCUCGUCGGCACGGCGAGGAGCCUCUCUCCACCUCUUUCGCCGGUCCAUGAUCGGUAGCGAGAAAAGAUGGGCUUGGCGAUGAAGUGCGUCUUGCUCCUCCUCUCGGCCUCCCUCGUGCUCCUCCUGCUCAACUUCCAGGUCCUGGAUGGGGCGCUCCGUCUGGGGAGCAAUGCGCGCGGCGAUGCCUGUGUCGUCGUUGCGGUGACCGGCGAUGUUGGUUCCGGUCUCGGCUCCAGGUUCAGGAUGCUGGUGGGCUUAGAGCACCGUCGGCCACGACACCGGAGGCAUCACAAGAGUUCUGCUGCUUCGGCUCCAGCUCCGGCUCCGGCACCUACAACACUGGCUCAUGAAGCAAGAGCAGCACCAGCUCCAGCUCCUUUUCCCCACACGAGUCAUAGCAGGGCGCCAUUCAGAAACCGCAGCCACGUUGCUCCGGUGAGAAGCGUGGCGCGCAGACUGGGCGGCGGAGGCCACACCAGGCUCCCGAAAGCCGCCAUCAUCGCUCUGUCCGUGGUUGGGGCGUGCCUGCUUGUUCUCGUGGUCGCCAUUGCCGCAGUCUCAAUCAGGAGAUCAAGGAAGCUUCAGAAGAAGCCAUUCAAGCUGUCGUUACGUGGAUCGAGAGCUCACAGGUCGCCUUGUGCUACCAUGAAGGUCAGUUCCCAUCCUAGCCCAGAUCUGCUGUUCCUGAGUUCUGCUGUCCAGUGUCAGAUGGACUAUCCAACCCUCAAAGAAUCUUCAGAAUGUAAGAGCUUAUCCGUUCUUACCACUCCCACAAAAAGUGCAGAGUUAACCGUGAGCGACUAUACUGUGAAAACCAACGUCGACUUGCAGUCUGACGAGGCUGAUUCUUUCCAUUCAGUACCCUGUUCUCGCUCGUCAGGUGGCUCCAUUGAAGAGUCGCCACUGCAAAUCUGCGACAAAACUGCCACAGAUCCUCCAUCUUCUCCACGCAGAGAUGAUUCACCAUCCGGUUCAUCAUAUCAAUCACUAUCACCAGAUUUUAGAUCUCGAUUCUCUCCAACGACUCCAAUUUCAACAGCUUCUGAUCGCAAUCAAGAAACUGCAGAAACAGCCAACACUUCUGGAUCCAUGGCACAUCCUGAAUCUCCACGAGGAGAGCAGGACAACUCAAUUCAGCUCAUGAAUUCAUCCUCAGGAUACAGAGCUACUUGCAAUGCUACAGAGACCACACCCUUCAAAACAAGCACAACAUUUAGUGUGUCAAAUGAAAAAUUCAAUUGGGAUUCUAAGGAGACCUCAAGGAGUUCAGCUGAAGGGGCCGACUUCAAACCAUCCAGUGCAACAAAUGUACUGAAAUUGCCACCGCCCCCUCCGAAAUCACCGCCACCCCCUCCACCGCCAAACAAACCAUCUUCAAGUCUUAAAGGGCAGAACUCUGGCCAGCCUCCACCCCCACCUCCAUUACCGAUUCAGGUACAGGUUGGCAAAGAUGGAUUGCCCCUUCCAAGGUUGAAGCCUUUGCACUGGGACAAAGUAAGAGCAGCUCCGAACCGCUCCAUGGUGUGGAAUGACAUUCAGUCAAGUUCCUUUGAGUUCGAAUUUGAUGAGCAGAUGAUCAAGUCCUUGUUUGCAUACAACUUUCAAGGCCCAGCAAAAAAUGAAGACGCCACGAACAAGACUUCUACCAGCAAACAUGUUAUUGAGCACCACAAACUUCAAAACACUACCAUAUUGUUGAAGACCUUAAAUGCGAGCACUGAACAAGUCUGCAGUUCUAUAACAGAAGGUACUGGAUUAUCUGUGCAACAACUGGAAGCUCUGGUCAAGAUGAAACCAUCCGAGGAAGAAGAGAAAAAACUAAUGGAUUAUAAUGGGGGCAUCAGCAUAUUGGAUCCAGCAGAGAACUUUGUCAAGGUGCUACUGACAAUACCAAUGGCAUUUUCAAGAAUCGAGGCGAUGCUGUACAAGGAAACUUUUGAUGAUGAAGUUGCCCAUCUCAGAAUGUCCUUCACAUUGAUUAAAGAAGCCUGCAGUGAACUAAGAUCCAGUAAAUUAUUCUUAAGAUUACUUGAAGCAGUACUCAAGACAGGAAACAGAAUGAAUGUUGGAACAAUAAGAGGAGAUGCAAGUGCUUUUAGACUCGACACACUGCUGAAACUGUCAGAUAUACGUGGAGUUGAUGGAAAGACAACCCUCCUCCAUUUUGUUGUCCAAGAGAUGGUACGAUCACAAGGAUUAAAGGCUUCAGAUAAGAUUGGUGGGACACCUGGACCAUGUAAUGCCACACCAAUAGGGCAAGAAGAGUAUUUGGAAAUGGGUACAAAAUUUGUCUCUGAGUUGAGUAAUGAGCUUGCCAAUGUCAAGAAGGUAGCAAGCAUAGAUCUGGAUACCUUAAAAAGCUCAAUCUCCAAUCUUUCACAAGGAUUUGCUCAACUAAGCAGGCUCAUCGGAAAGGACCUUACCUACAAUGACAGGAACCAGAACUUCCUGCAUUGCAUGAAAUUGUUCCAAAUUUAUGCAGAUAAUACAAUGCAGGAACUCAAAAUCGCUGAAGCCGAGGUCCUACAGCAGGUCAGAGAACUCACAGAGUAUUAUCACGGAGAGGUUGGCAAGAAUGAGUCCAACCUCCUCCACAUAUUUGUCAUCAUGAGAGAUUUUCUUGGUUUGCUAGAUAGGGUGUGCCGAGAGAUGAGAGGUUCAAAGCACAUCCUACAUCUGAACGUAGUCCUUCCACUCAGGUAAUACUUUGAUGAUCAGACUUCAGAUUAGCCAGCUUAACGUUAACAAAUCAACCUAUUUGUGUGGCUGCGUGUAUAGUUAUUAGCUAGAGAUGGGUUGCUGGGUUGGUAUCAACUAUGGAGAGUAUGUACAUGUGCAGAGUUGUAAUAGAAAUUAAGAAUCGUGUUGGAUUGGAUUUCAUGGUUUUCAGUUUGUUAAAUAUACUCACAACCUAACACUUA